UUGCACGGAUAUUCAGAAGAAAUAAUAGAACAGCCUACGAAAUUUUCAUGCUUUUGUCGCGAGUAUACGUUCGCAUCUCGAGGUAAUUCGAUUUUAUCUUACUUUAUAAGUGAAUAAAAAUACAAGUUUAUAUAUUAAAGAUAAAUAUCUACAGACUAAAUAUUCGAAAAUAAUUAGAUUUGCAUGACGGUCUUACGAUCGAAUGGAAUUCCGCGAAAUAUCCGCGUUUGCGAUAUCGCAAAGUCUAUCUGUUUCGUAUUAACGGAAAAGUACGAAAAUGAUAUCAAUGUUACUCGAGUACUGUACGAUAUUGAACGAAUCGAAUUAAUAAUCGAGAAUAUUCCGCGUUUCUUUUCUAGACUACGUUCCACUUGGUAAUCGCAACACUCGCGAGCUUUAUCUAUCUUUUAAUAACUCUCGACGAAUAACAAAGAUGAAAAAACUCCACGAGUGUUACGAUCGCAAGUGUAACAUAGCCCUAGGCCCUAGUCACAUAAAUAUUUCGUGGUGACAACAAUAACUAGCUACGUCACGGCAUUGGAAUGCAGUUAGCCGGUCUAGCGUCUAGCGGCGCUGUUGUUUACAUUCCACGGCCUGCGGCCUUGGCAUUGACGUGACGACGCUCGAGCGAGAAGGUACCGAUACGAGAUUCUCCGUAUGCAUUAUUAAUUAUACGUUUUAUCAAAUUCACGAAAUAUUCCCUACUUACUUCGUAAUACGUUAAAUAUUUCAUGAAUUAGAAUGACAACGAAAUAUAACGCUGUUCGACGCUCGAGCAGGUAGCAGCAUUAACUUCUCUGAAUAUCGUCAUAUUCUUUUCGAGAGGAACGCGAAAAUUUGUAUUUCCGCGCGCGAUUAUUUCCAACGACAAUGACAAUUGGCAAUUAUUAGUCUACGUAAUUGUUUGACUUUCGCAAUAAAUGAGACGUAAUGUUUUUUCCAAGCGACAGUUUCAAAUAAAAGAUGUGGUAUAUAUGUCGACUAUUUAUUAAUGAUUUUCAAACGCGUCUUAACCCUAUCAAUUAUAAACUAUCAACUCGCCCAUAAUAACCGAUAUCAUUCUCGUACUCUUCAUAUUCUUCGAGUCAGUAACAGAACAUCGCGACAGUAUUAAUCGACCCCAAGUCGAACGACAUUGCAACGCGUUUAAUUACUAAGUCGUUUAAUUACAGCCGUUAUUAAUCCCAUAAUUUCCAACCACGUAUCGUGUAAAUUCGCUGUUAAAAUACAUCGUUGUACUUUAUCAAAGCGCGUAAUUUGCGAGAUUUAUUCCGUCGAAGCUUAUAUCGUGUGAACGAUGAAAAAAUCUAAUUAUAUUUUGUAAUAUUACGAUCCGCAAAUAUUUAUAUCGUUAAUACUUUUUUUUUUUUUAACUUUUAUAUUUAUUCACUUAUAACGCGAAGUACAAUAAAGUUGUCCUAAAAUACGAGCGUAUAUUAUUCACGCGUUAGCAACAGAAAUUAGCGUCACCGAGAUAGGUGAGAAGUUGGCCGCGUGAUUUUCAAAUGCUGAACAGGUUGUAGUUUCAUGCAUAUGUAACUUUGCCGCCGUCCUAUCAUUGCGAAUAAAGCGUCGCGUUUAAUUAACAUUGGGAAUCGGGAGUGCCGUACAAAGUGUUGCGCGAUCGUCGAUAUUUCGCUCAUUGAUACGUGCGCGAUCACAUGAAUCGGGUUUUCGCGAAUUAUAAGUGCGAAUACUACGAAAAAGCAACGAAUGACGAACAAGAGAGGAAGUGACAGGAAGGCAUCGAGUAACGAAGGAGCAACUUAACCUAAUUUAAUCUAAACCAUGGAGAUCGUCCUAGAGAUCGACAUAAUAUCCUACAACUCUUCUGUUGCGCAUCGUACCGCUGCUUUCAUGCACGUACGUGACAAUAUUGAGGAACUGGGUAAAGUCGCCAAUGACACAGACCUGUUAUUCUUGAAGGGUCUACUCGACAGCCCGGUCGUCACAUCUCUUGUAAAGGUUCAGGAGCGUCUGGAGGACCCGCCAGUGCCCGUAGAACCGGUAUGCUCAUCCGUCUGUGACAUCGUUGACGAAGUGUGUGAGGCCUUUCAAACCUCUAGGAACUUAUAUGCUAAGGAACUGGUGAAUCUUCUCAGGAACUCGCAUCUGAAAGCGCUCUUGGAAACGCACGACGCAGUUGUGGAACGCAAGGAAGCGUCUUCUAAAGCGAUUUCUCCUUUAGUAGCAAUGCCGACAAACAAGAAGGAAGCAAUGCCUAUGAGGGUGGUCGGUCUUAGAAGACAACCAGACGAGCCAUUGGGUCUAACAGUACAAGUCGACGAAUCUGGGAAUAUGAUUAUUGCCAGAAUUCUCGGUGGCAGCACGGCGGCUCGUCAAGAGCUUCUGAGGAUAGGUGAAGUAAUACUCGAAGUCAACGGUAAAAGAGUUCGAAACCCAGAAGAGCUCCAGCAAGCAAUCCAGGAAGCCAAAGAGAACCUAUCACUGAAACUGGCUCCAGGUAUCGCUAUUGAUACGAAUCGACUUCUCAAGUCUACGUGUUACAUGAGAGCCCUUUUCGAUUACGAUCCAUCGGAGGAUACGCUUCUACCUUGUAGAGAAAUUGGCUUACCUUUCCAAAAAGGCGACAUCCUCCAAAUUGUCGACCAAGCUGAUCCGAAUUGGUGGCAGGCGCGAAGAGUGGAGGGCGAAAGUCUCGGAUCGCCCGGAUUGAUACCUUCGCUGGAAUUGGAAGAGCGCAGAAAAGCCUUCGUGCCGCCCGAGGCCGACUUUGUUCACAAAAUCAGCAUUUGCGGCACCAGGAUAUCGAAGAAGAAAAAAAGGAGAAUGUACCAAUCUAAAUCGAACGGUGAGUUCGAUGCUGCCGAGUUGCUUCUCUACGAAGAAGUCGCCCGAAUGCCGCCAUUCCGACGCAAGACUUUAGCCUUGGUCGGGCCUCGCGGCGUAGGUCGGCGGACUCUGAAAAACAGGUUGAUCAACAGCGAUCCCGAGAAAUUUGGCACUGUCGUACCUUACACAUCAAGGCCACCUCGAGUUCUCGAGGAGGACGGCAAGAGCUACUGGUUCAUCGAUCGCGAGACGAUAGAGACUGACAUCAGAGAACACAGAUUUUUAGAGCAUGGUGAACACGGUGGACAUUUGUACGGUACAAAAUUGGAUUCUGUGCGAGAACUAAUAAGAGCCGGCAAGAUGUGCGUAUUAGAUUGCAGUCCGGCCGCGCUCAAGAUCCUCCAUAACAGUACCGAGUUCAUGCCUUAUGUUAUAUUCAUCGCAGCGCCCGGAAUGGAGCAGCUGAAGUCUUUAUAUGAUCUCGGUAGAUCGACCGGUGCUAGCAGUCGGAAUCUAACGUUCGACCGCCAGAGUUCCAUCAGAUACAGUUCGAGAAGAGCUAGGACACUGGAAUCUCUCGCAUCUUUAUACGAGGAGGAUGAUUUGAGAUCUACGUUGGAGGAGUCCGCAGCUUUGCAGAGAGCCUAUGAGAAAUACAUCGAUUUGGUGAUUGUGAACGAGGAUUUUGACAAUACCUUCAGGCAGGUGAUUGCAGCUUUGGAUGCCUUAGCUACGGAGCAUCAAUGGGUACCAGUCAAUUGGAUUUAUUAAUUGGUUCUCGAAUGCAGCAUUCGAUGUAACAGAAAAAUAGGAAGCUAAAAGAGCUGUGCCAGUUUUAUGCGCGAAUAAACGAAGAAUUUAUUACUGCUGAUGUCACAUUUGAAAACUAUGAGAUACAUUAUGAAAAGUAUGUAUAUUACUCUCUUAUAUUCAGAAUAAAACUCCGUUUAUUGCGCAACUAAGAAAAGACGAGGCACGUAUAAUAAGAGUACAAAGAAUGUUACACUUCGUGCCGCAUGAAGCGAUAUUGAUAUCGAUCGCGCCUAAAAAGCGCGAGAGAAAUCAAAAGAAUCUCAUUGCCGUUUAUAAUUAAAUGCAACGUAGCGUUUACUUUUUAUAAAUUAGAGUUAGCUUUUUAUAAAUUUACUAAAAUAUGAACCGUUCUAUGUACGGAAUCUAAUACUUGAAUUUUCACACAUAUAUAAUACAUGUUAAAUUGUAAUAGAAGAGCUAACAACUGAAUUUUCUUCAGUUCAAUCAUUCGUUCUUGAUAAAUAGAGCAAUGAAGAUAGAAGAUCCUACUUAUAUCUAAGAACACGAUACUUUUUUAAUGGAGAGAGAAAAGUUAUAUCGCUGCAUUUUUUACUGCCAAUUUCUACAACGACUAUAUUAACAAUGGGUCAAUUGAUGUAAAAAUAUUAGACUGCCGUCCAAUUAAUUUUAGUUUAUUUUUAAUUUAAUUAACAAAACACAUGUACAUGAUUAUUUAUAUGUUCAAGUCUAUUAUACAUAUAUUUCUCGUGUCUCGUUUGCUUUUAUUGUUUCUGUUUCAUUUUGUUGCUCGUGUAUGCUAAUGAUAAGUAUCCUGGCAUAGAGUGCCUUAAUAACACAAGUCUAUAAUUCGAUUAAUGCGAAGACUUAUUAUGUCGAGACAAACUCGUUUUUACAUUCACAUUCAGAGUUUUAUAGACAGAUCUAAGAAUGUGUUUUCUCUAAUGUCGGACGGACAGUCAUAUAUGUGCACACACACAUUCGAUUUUUUCAACUCUACUGAUAUCUUUCGAAAUGCAUCCAAUUUACAGAUUAAAAAAUCCAGGUGAUCUUGUAUAAAUACAUAACAAAUGUAAUGAACUAUAUAUCUACAAUGAAAACACUUGUCCUGUCAUGAAAAGAGCAACGUGAUGAUGCACGAUGUGGAAUAAAGUUUAUUGAAAAUAUUUGUUACAGAUUAGAAACAUAACAAA